CUGUUCCGCAUAAUCAUAAAGACGAGAGGACAAAAUAAUACAAAAACAAAUGUCAUUUGCGUGAAUAAUCUGAAGAAAAAUACACAAAUUUCCAGUUAAAGUAAAAUGUUGCACAGUAUUAUCUACGUAGUCUAUUGUUUUUGCUUUAUUAUAACCAUUGUGGUCUGUGAUACAUACGAAAUAAAAAUAUCAACAAACGCCCCUGUUGUUCUCGGUGGUAAAAUCGAAUUUCAUGCGGAUCUGUACACUGACGGUCAGCUAAAGGAUGGAGAUUACAUAUUCCGUUGGAAGGACAACAGUAUACCGCAACAUACGUAUUACAAUGAAACGAAAAGUUAUCAUUCGGACUGGUCGGUAACAUAUUCGUCGGCUGAAGGCUAUGGACCUGGAGUGUAUACCGUGGAUGUGAGCGUCGAACGGGUUACAUGGAUCAAUUACAAAUUAACGUCAAAGCGGCUGGACUUUGAAGUGACUGCCCUGCUAAAUGGCGAACUGCUACUGUCGCAAAACGGAACAGCCCGAUCAACGGAAUUCAUUUCAAGUGCUCAGGAUUUGAAUCAAUCGCUUUCCAUUUCGUCUGGUGAUAUGGAAUAUUUAACACAAAAUGCUACUUACAUCACGACAUAUUGGUUCGUUGACUGUAACUAUGUGGGCGCAUCACAUAAUUUAACGUCGGUCAGUAAAUAUUUGAACGAAAACCAGAAGUACGAUAUUGAGGUAUUAUUAGUUGCAUCGUUUGAUCCGUUACCUGAACCAACAACUACUGCAGCCCCCACGACUACAACAACAACAACAACUACUACCACUCCUACUACCACUACAACUACUACUACCACAACGCCACCAACCACAACUCAAACAACAACCACACCAACCACUACAGUUCCUACGACCACCCCGACUAAACCGACGACAACUACGCCGUCGACAACCACUGCAGCAACAACAACCACUCCACCAUCAACACCGCCGACAACCACAACGAAGGCUAGCAUAUCAAAACGUGAGAUUUCCACCCAAGAGCUCACAUCAAAUCAAACCAUUUUCGAGACGAUCGCUGGCUCGACCAUUCAUCCGAUGGAGACAUCAUUGGUCACUAUGCCACUGGAAAUAAAUCAACCAUUUGUUUGCUUCAAUAGUUCGUCGGUUGCACCCGAUCCCAGAAAGGCGUACGGUCAUUUUCAUCGUGAAGUUAUCGUCAAACAUCCGUUAACCGAUAUAACGAUUUCCGGUAAUUUAUGGCUCCAGUCCGGUGAGGUACUGAAUUUGGAGGUGAAAUACGACGGUUCGCCUCCGUUUGACUAUUGUCUCAAAAUUGAAGACGAUACGUACAAUAUAACGGGCAAUGAAACGUGUGAAAAGUGGUUGCCAACGGAGGUGUCCAGUUUCCCAAUCACUCAUUUGUUCCCCAAAACCCAUACCAUCAUCAUAAUCAUACGCAAUCCAGUCAUCAAAAUGAAUAAAGAAGUCAAAGUCAAUAUUUACGAAGCAACAAAACAGUCCCAGUUGUCAGUCAUUGUGGUGCCAGUUGUGUUCUGCCUAGUCGCCAUGAUUUUAGUAGUGUUUGGCGUUGCUUAUUACAUGCAAAAUAGAAGAAGGUUCGCCGUCGAAGUGGCCGACUUCAAUUUUGGCGAGACGGCUUCCAUUGACAUGGAAUAUAAAACGUUUCGCCAGCGACUGGUCGAUAGUGUACGCGAAUUAUUUGGCCGACGUGAUGAUCAUGGUAGCAAUUCUUCGUUAGAGUAUGGUCCGAUGACAUGAGUCUCAUGAAUUCUUUCUGUUUGUUUAGAAUAUUCGUCGUUUAUUUUACACAUUUUUUUUACGUUUGUUAGUUAUUUCUUUAGUUGAUAUAUGGGCGAGCUACUGUAUAGAGUGUGAAAGUCUGAGCAAGUUGCAUUUUUGGUUUAGUUGAACUAAUGAGGCGUAUACACAUUACGAGUUAGAGGAGGUGCAGUCUAACUUUGAUGAAUCAAUUAAAAUCUAGUAUUACGUUAAA